AUGGCUUUGUCACUUUUUGUAGAGUUUAAUCAAAAUAGGCAAAAUAUUUUGCUUGCACAAGGUCUGCUCAUGGAUGAAAGUUUAGAUUCUCAUGCUUGGAUGUUCAAGCAAAUUAUAAAAGCUACUAAUAUACAGCCAACUGUAAUUUUAACUGAUUCUGAUCUAGCUGUUAAUGCUGCAAUAAGGAAAGUGUUUCAAACUACAUACCCAAUUCAUUGUGUAUUUUAUAUUAUGCAGAACAUUCACAAAAAUCUUUACAAGCAACUUGGAAAUCAGUAUGAGAAGUUUUUUUAUGACUUUUACAAUUGCAAAAAUAGUUUUGUUCAGGAAACAUUUCAAAAUCACUUUAUAAAACUUUUAGAAAAUUAUUCAAGUGGAAAACACUAUCUAGAAGUUCUCUAUAAAUCUAAAGAAUAUUGGGCACAUUUGUAUAAGGCAUUUAAAUUUACUAGGGGAAUGAUUUUUACAUCUCAUGUUGAAGCUAUGAAUGCAUGUCUUAAAAAAUUAUUAUACAAUUCUAAUGUUUCUCUUUGUGAGCUUAUGUUUGAGAUUCAUAGAUUGCUUGAUCAACAAGACAAACAAAAUUUAGAUAAAUGUUGUCAAGAAUUUUUAAUAUCUGAAAUUCUAAAUAUGCAACAUGAUGAAAUCAAUCAAUCACUUUAUUAUGUUGCAUAUUUGGUUAAUAAGCAAGAUGUACUGUUUUCUAAAGAUCUCAAUGCUACUCUUUCCAAUGAUGAAAAUCAAAGUGCCAAUGAUCUACAUGCCACUAUACAUCAGUUAUUAGGUGUUGUUGACUUUGAUAAUAUUAAUGAAAUAUGGAAGCAAAGAUUUAUAUAUAGACAUCUUCAUGAUGCAUACAAGAUAGCUUUACAAAAAGCAUUAUCAUCUAAGUCAAAAUCAUGUUUCAUCAAAAUUUUACAAGAAUUUACUGAUAAAGAUGAUGAGCUUUCUAAUAGAUCCUCUGAUGAAGAAUAUAGUCAAGAUAACUCUUCAAGUGAUAAGAAAAAUGGUAGUAUUAGUUUACAAAAUCUAAAAAAGCAACAUAACAGAAGAAGACCACUAG